UAAUUUCUCUAAUAUUAUGUUUAAUGUACUAGUUUAUUGAAUCAAACAAAAGGGUUCUUCACGCUUUCUCCAAAGCAGCUUCCUUGUGUUUAAUUCAUUUGUGAAGUAAACGGAGAGAUGAAUUAAAUUGUUGUUUUUGGUUUUGCGGGCAGGCGUUGGAUUGAAAAAGUUAUAUUGGGUUUUUUUUGUGGGCGAGAAUGGCUUCAUCUUCUUCCGUUAUAAGCCCAGAAGAUGUUUUGGAGUCUUUGAUGAAUGAUGGUACUUUUGAUUCUCUUAGAUUGAAGAUCAUCAAUCAGCUCAAAGCCAAUGAAGAGCUAAAGAGUACGACCAUUAAAAUGGCUGAACAGAGUAAAGUUCUUAAUACCCCUGGGGCAGAAAAACAGACCAAAAGAGAGCUCUUUGAUGCACUUCGCCAGGAACUUGAAGCCCCUGUGCUUGAGAAGGCGUCAAAAUCGGUUUGGGAGUUAAUUCUGGACAACAAUGGGCUAGGAAAGGAAAUAAAUGAGACAGUUGAAAAGGUAUUUUGUAGAUUAAGUGGCAGUGAACCUCCGUUAUUUCCUCCAAGUGUUGAGUCUCAACCUGAUAAAGUAACUGAGAAUGAGAAAAGAAAUGUAAAAGGAAAAGGAAAAGGAAAAGCAAAGGAACAUGAAGAUGAAAAGGAGGGUUCGAACUCUAAAUUAAAGAAAAGGAGUUUCAUCGAGAUGAAUGACGGNAAAAGAGAGCUCUUUGAUGCACUUCGCCAGGAACUUGAAGCCCCUGUGCUUGAGAAGGCGUCAAAAUCGGUUUGGGAGUUAAUUCUGGACAACAAUGGGCUAGGAAAGGAAAUAAAUGAGACAGUUGAAAAGGUAUUUUGUAGAUUAAGUGGCAGUGAACCUCCGUUAUUUCCUCCAAGUGUUGAGUCUCAACCUGAUAAAGGAACUGAGAAUGAGAAAAGAAAAGGAAAAGGAAAAGGAAAAGGAAAAGCAAAGGAACAUGAAGAUGAAAAGGAGGGUUCGAACUCUAAAUUAAAGAAAAGGAGUUUCAUCGAGAUGAAUGACGAGGGGGGGGUUGAUGAAGUUGUGAAGGAUCUGACGUCCCCUGGGGUGUAGUGAUAGAAUGUAAGUAACACAUUUUAAGUUUGAAGAUACGAGGGGCCAU